UGUUUGUUUGUUUAAAGAAAGAUGAAGUUAAACAUUUAAAGAUUAAAUUUUGAAAAAACUUAAAAAAUGCACAAUGAAAUGGUAGAGAUUUUCCAUUCAAGAUUGGUUGAAAAAUCUUUAACAGAAGACGAGAGUCGAGCAAAAAACAUAUCUAUAAAUACUAAUCGAUCAUCUUUUUAGGACACAACAUCAAUAUAAAUAUAAUAGUAAGAGGCUACUCUUAGUGAUAAGAUGGCAAGCAUAGUUCAACAAUUCGAUGGAAAAAAGAGACUAAAAUAUCAAAAUGAAAGUUAAUAAAAUGAUAAUGCUGAAAACUAAAAAGCGACUUCUAUAUUUUAUGCUUAAAAUUAAACUUAAUCAGACAAGAACGAUGAUUAUUCAAAGUAGGAAUAAUCAUCUCAAAUGUUGUAUUCUUUGAAUAUCUCUGUUUAAAAUGAUAAAAAAUCUUUAUAAAAUUAAUACGAAUUAGAUUAAGAAAGUAAAUCUCACAUAGAAUAAGAAUAGAAUUUAAAUAAUAGUUAAAUGUAAUUAAAUAUUACAAGCAUUCAUCCUUCAUUUAGAGCUAAUGGUUAGCAUAAUCGAUUGGAUAAUUCCUGCGAAAAGAAUGAAUUUGAAUAAAUUGAAAAGAACUAGAUUCAUAAACCAGUUUCAUCUCAAAGCAAACAGAUAACAGAAGCCUAACAAGAUAUCUCAAAAUCAAUUUAGCUUAGCGGAAAUAAUAGCAAAUAGUUAAACUAGAAAGAAAACGAAAUUAUUUAAGAUGAUAGCAAAUUAUCUUUUUCAAUGCAAAAUUAAUCUUAAUUAAGCUCAAAAUUUAAUGAAUAAUAAUGCAAGAAAUAGAAACAAACUAUGACAUCUCAAUUUGUAUCUAAGAAAAAAGUAUCAAGAAAACCAACAGAAAAUGAAAAACAAUUCAAUUAAAAGAAGUUAAAAAAUUCUAAUUUCUUCCAUAUUAUUAUGAAAAUGAAAAGCUAUGCAUAUAGAAUUGCGUCUAAUGUUGAAUCGAAGAGACUCGCAAUACUUUAAAGACAGAACUUCUUUUAUCUAAGAGACAAAACAAUUAAUUAUGAAAAGCAAGAAAAAGAAGAUUUUGAAUUCUAUGAUUAUAAUUUGAUCCAAAAAACUAUUCGAUGGAUAUUAGAAUAAGCAAAAACUUAUUUGGUCACUAAAAAAAUGAUAAAAAGCUUUCCAGUAAUUCCAUUGUUUCAGCCUCAAUCUAUAUGGAAAUUUGUAUGGGAUAUAUUUAAUAUGAUAAUUACUAUUUUAUUUUUCUUUUUUCUGCCUUUACACUUUAUCUACAACAUUUAAUUUAGCUCUAUUUUUUAUUUGUAAGACUUGGACAUAUUUCUUGUUACAAUAACUACUUUAGAUAUCUUUAUUAAUUUGAAUACAGUCUCUUACAGAAAAGGAAAUCUUCUAAACUCAAGAAGUCUUAUUUUGCUUGAAUAUUUUUCAAAAAACGGUCUUUUAAACAUAUUCUUUGUCAUAAUCCUAUGGAUUAUUGUAGCUUCUUAGAGGAGUUAAAUAGUAUUCAUUUAAAAUUAUAAAGUGAAUGUUUUCUUAUUUAUUGUGGCAAUAUUCAAAGUUUUAAAAUAAAAUUCAUUCAAGAAUAGGAUUUAUGACAGAUUUUAUUUGAGAAAAAUAAACAGAGGUUUUAUUAAUUUAAUGCAAAUAUUCUUUAAUUUAUUUAUCGUUUGCCAUUUAUUUGCUUGUAUAUGGCUAGUAGUUGGUAAAUUGAAUCAAAGUGAAGAAUCUAUUUUAUGUGCUUAACAAAGUUAAGAUAACAAUUAUAAUAAUGACAAUUGCACAUAUACUUGGCUAGAUAAAUUAAAAGGCACUCACAAUUUAGCUUUCUAUGAAGAAUAUCUCAGAGCUUAUUAUUUUACCACUGUUACUAUGAUUACUGUAGGUUAUGGUGACAUAACUCCAGUUAACAGCAAAGAAUACUUACUUUCAAUAUUAACAAUGUUAAUAGCUUGCGGAAUGUUUGGCUAUAGCUUAAAUUCUAUAGGGCAAAUUUUAUCAGAAAUGUAAAUUAAUAACAAAGAAUAUGACGAGCAUUUUAACGCGAUUUAUGGAUUUAUGCAUAAAAAAAAUAUUUCUCCCGAUUUGCAAGUCCAAGUGAGAGAAUAUUUACAAUACUUCUUUAUUCAAUCUAACUAAGAAGAUAUUAAAAAAUAACAGAAAGUCAUUUAAUUAUUACCAGAUACUCUUUAAAACUAAAUACUUUUAGAUGCUAAUAAAAUUAUAUUUGAAAACUCUCCUCUUUUCAGGACAAAUUUUAGUGAACAAACAAUUUAAAAAACAAUAUAAAUCAUUGAACAAAGAGAGUUCAUACCUGGAUAAAAGUUUAUUGAGUAAGAUGCAGAAAGUGAGAAUUGUAUUUAUUUUAUCGAAAAAGGAUGUGUAGAAAUAUAUAAUAGCAAUAAUAACGAAGAAUUAAAACUUCUACAUAAAGGAUAACAAUUUGGAGAAGUUUAGUUUUUCACUGGGCAGGCAAGUUAAGUUUCAGCUAGAAGUGUUGAGUUCACAAAAUUAUUGGUUAUAAAGAGAAAUAGCUUUUUAGAGAUAAUUUAGAGUUCUCCCUUAGAUUUAGAAAAAUUUUGCAUGAUUAAAGAUUCAAUUAUUUUUAAUAAAAAACUAGAUAUGAUUGGUGUAUUUUGCUAUUGCUGCAAAUCUAGUAGUCAUUUAGUUACUUAGUGCAAUUUUAUUCACUUAUAGCAAGAUAAAUAUAAAAUAGUUAAAGAUUAUGCUAAAAAUAAUAUUCAAGUUAGAGACAAAGAUAUUUAAAGAAGAAAUUACUCAUAUGAUACUCUUUAAAUAAAAUAGCAAAUUGAAGAGAAUGCUAAAAUAUUUGUUGAAGAGAAUAUAGAAGAUUUAUGUUGCUAUGGGUGGUUUAAUGAUCUUAUUUAGCAAGAAUUUUAAGAUAAUUUAGUCUAAUUCAAUCAAAAUAUAAGAUAUCAAAGUUAUCCUAGUUUAAAAUUUAUAAACUAAAAUCAAAAUAUUUAGGAUGCUUAAGUUAUUAAAACAAUUUAGAAUAUAUAAAAUUAAUUUACAAAUAAAAAAAUAUCAUAUUAAAAAUUAAAAAAUAUGAUUGAAAUAUAAAAUUUAAGCUCACAUCCUGAACUUAAUCCAUCGAUAGCUCACAUUUAAUAAAACUUUUAAAAUGCUUUUUAACUUUAUAAUGAAGAAAAUUGCUAGAGUCCUCUAACACCUUAUAAUAUAAACAAGAAAGUACAAUUUUCUAUAAAUUCCUUACAAGAUAACAUCUAGGAAGAGAGUUAAGGAGAUUGCAAAUCUUUAUAUAAUUAAUAGUGUUAGUUUUAGUAAUUUAUAAAAUAAUAAAAUAAUUUUCACUAACACUAAAUAAAUUCACCUGAAUUCAAUAAUCUUAAAUCACCAUGUAAUAGGCAACGCUAGUUUUGUAACUUUACAGAUAUGUGUCCUUCUCCUUAUUCAGCAAAUAAAAAUUUUUAAGUUAAUUUAAACAAUACAAAUUGUUAUCAUUAACAAUAUCAAAAUAAUGGAUAAAGUAAUUCAAACAACUAUCCUGGAAAUAACUGUUUAUUUUAAUGCACAUAAUAAGUUAAUUAUAAUAUGCCUGAAGUGACAAAUCAAUUAGCUAAUAUAGAGUCAUAGAAUUAAGAUACUUACUCUUAAUAAAGUAAAAAAGAUUUUAAUGAUGGUAAUAAUUAGAGUCUCAAAUUAAUCAAUCAAACACCUAGCAACUAAAGUACAUAAAAAUAGUAAGAGUUAAUUAAUCAAAGAAGUAAUAUCAAGAAAAACACUCUGAAAACUGAAUAUAUUAAUAAGAGAAAAAAUUAUCAUUAAAUUAGUAAAUAAUAAAGUAGUAUUAUAUUCUAGAGAUAAACUGAUGAUGCUCUAAUUAAACAAUUAAAAGAAUUAGUUUAGACACCUCAUAAUUUAACUGCGCAUCAAGACUUUUAAUUUGAUACACUAAAAAAUUACUCAAUUUAUUUGCCCCAUAAUAAUUCUGAAAGAGUUUUGUUACUUUACUCUGUAUUUAUGAGAAAAAAUAAAAAGAUUUUACAAAUGUAUAAAACAAAGAAAAGUAUUAAUAAAAAUGAAGAUACUUAAAACAAUCUUAAAUCUUAAAUACAAAAUUUUAGUGAUAAUUCUAAAAAGUCAACCCAAAAUUAUUAAAAUUUGCUCAUUUAAAGUUAAUUCGAAAAAAAUUCAGAAUUUCUUAACGAAGAAUAAAAGAAUAAUAAUAAAACUAGUUGA